AUGGCAGAACAACAGAAGCACCCGAACGCUGACUACGAUCUCAACACGCCCAUUCCUAGCGAUGCUCCAGGGCUCCGUCAAGGUCUGACAUCAUAUGGGGACGCUCACUUCUCCCUCUUUCUUCGCAAAGUCUUCAUCAAGGCCCUCGGUUAUAGCGAGGAUGCAUUAUCACGACCCAUCAUCGGUAUUGUCAACACGUACUCCAGCUUCAACCCAUGCCAUGCAAACAUCCCCCAGUUGAUAGAAGCAACGAAAAGGGGCGUACAACUGAGCGGUGGUCUUGCCAUCGACUUCCCGACCAUCAGCUUACAUGAGAGCUUUGCAAGCCCUACAAGUAUGUUUUUGAGAAAUUUGAUGAGCAUGGAUACGGAAGAGAUGGUUCGAGCGCAGCCGUGCGACGCGGUGAUCCUGAUUGGAGGCUGCGAUAAAACGACACCCGCACAAUUGAUGGGCGGAAUCUCAGCGAACAAACCCAUUGUGCAUCUGGUAACAGGACCGAUGAUGCCUGGGAGUCACCGUGGCGUUCGACUAGGAGCUUGUACCGAUUGCAGAAACAAUUGGGCCAGUUUCCGUGCCGGUACGAUAGAUUUGGAAGACAUCUCGGCGAUAAACGAGGAACUUGCGCCGACGGCAGGUACGUGUGGUGUGAUGGGAACGGCCAGCACAAUGGCUUGCGUGCUCGUAGCCCUGGGAAUGAUGCCAAUAAAAGGCGCCACAGCUCCUGCUGUCUCUUCAGCCAGAUUAAGAAUCGCUGAAGAGACCGGGAAGCUCGCAGUACAAGCAGCUGCGACGAAGCUUAAGCCGCAACAAGUUCUUUCCAGGGAAUCAUUCCUCAACGCGAUCACGGUGCUCCAAGCAAUAGGCGGUUCGACUAACGCGGUGGUUCACCUGAUGGCAAUAAUCGGAAGACAUCCUGAUGUCGCAGGGACCAUCAAUCUCGACACAUUCGACCAAAUCGGCCGAAAAACUCCAUUGCUGGUCGAUCUAAAACCAAGCGGAGAAAACUACAUGACGGAUUUCCACAACAGCGGAGGUAUGUUGGCUCUGUUGCACGAGCUCAAGCCCCUGUUGCACCUAAGUGCCAGAACUGUUUCUGGGAAGACACUUGGCGAGGAGAUCGCUUCCACACCGUAUAUUCCGGUACCCCGAAACAGCCCAGUGAACUGUCUCCAUCCGCUGGAGAGGCCACUCUAUGAUUCCUCGUCUCUCGUUGUGCUCACGGGUAACUUGGCACCUGGGGGUGCUGUGAUGAAGGCUAGUGCGUCGAAAGAUCGAAGACUGUUGCGCCACCAAGGAAAAGCUGUGGUGUUCGCGAACUCUGCAGAUCUUGCGCAAAGAAUCGAUGACCCGGAUUUAGAGGUUGAUGCCAACAGCGUCUUGGUGCUUCAAAGUAUCGGUCCUGUCGGCAAUCCUGGCAUGCCCGAAGCUGGAUUGAUCCCCAUUCCACGCAAGCUCGGGGAGCAGGGUGUACAAGACAUGCUCCGCCUUUCAGAUGGAAGAAUGAGUGGCACAGCUGGUGGAACCAUUGUUUUGCACAUCUCCCCGGAAUCUGCAGAUCCUGAAUCCGUCUUGGGCAUUGUGAGAAGUGGCGAUGAGAUCAUAUGCGACGUUGAGAGGAGACUUUUACAACUCGAUGUUCCAGAUGAAGAGAUCAAGCGGAGGAUCGAAUCCAGGAAGAAGGAAUACGACGCGAUAGGUAAAGCGGCCCAACGGCAUACCAGGGGUUAUAGAGGAUUGUACAUGCGAUCAGUCAACCAGGCAAGCCGAGGAGCAGAUUUCGACUUUUUGACAGCCGCAGGACCCGAGUAA